AUCGAGCCCUUCGUAAGCCCUGUUUAUCUCUAACGGAAUAUCUCGCCGGUUUUCGGGUGUGGACAGGAUCUUGUGUCGAUAAAUUGGACACAGCAAUCUAUCACAACGAAACUUCCUUCCCUGUUACUCAUCCCAUAAUGUCUCCUUACCUUGACGAGCUCUUGCUUGCGAGAGCUGGCAUUCAUCGACCAUUGGGAGGCCUUCAUGGAAGUCCCUUCAACAAUCGCUACAUACAUGGACUCGACCGGUGUGCCACCAGCUUCGACCAUCCUUACACCCAACACCAUGUCUGCCAGUGCGAACAACUUCUCAAGAUCGGGCAUUUAGUUCAAGAUAGCUGUGAUUGUCUCGACUGCCCCUACAGUAAUGCCUAUCCAUUUGAUGACUACUUGUAUUCUGGUUAUGGAAGAGGGGUUAGACGGAGCUUCGCCUUCGGAGACGGUCACCUUGGUCUCUCAGGAGGUCGAGGAGCUCUAUAUCCUCGCUGGGGUAUCGGAGGUCUUGGGGAAGGCAUGGGAAGAGUUGGAGGGUUUGGAGGUUUCAGGGGCCCGGGAAUGCGUGGCCAUGGAAUGCCCGGACGGGGAAGAUAUUUGAGAAACUGAUACGACUGAAUACCACACCUUGGGGAGAGGUGCCAACAGAUACGAAGCUACCCACUGUCUAGUGUGAACAGGCUUCGUUUGAACAAAAUUGUCAAUGGAGGGUGGCUCGGCCAAGCGAAUUACACUGGAGUACAGGACUGCUAGUUGAGAUGGUACUUGCCUUAACGGUUGUUUCAACAAGGCUUCGUCAAUUCGAUUUGUGUUUUUAAACAGCUUCCAGGGCGUAGAGUUGAGGAUACUUGAUUUGGCAUUU